AUGACAGAUACGAUGGAAGGUGAUAGUGAGAAAAGUGAUGAAAGUUGGCUUAAAUAUUUGAUAGAUGGAUCUGUAGAGGAAGAAGUUUCUACCGGUGACAAUAUAACUGGUGGUGCAUCUGUACAUGAACAAGGUGAAUCAUCGUCGAGGAGGAGGAAAAACAUUAGGCAUAAUGCUGAUCAGAUUAAGGAGCUUGAAGCGUUUUACAAAAAGAAUCCAAUCCCUAACAAAAAAACACGACAAGAAAUUGCAACAAAAUUGUCAAUGGACUUCAACCAGGUGCAAAAUUGGUUCCAGAAUAAAAGAACCCAAACGAAGUUGCAAUCGGAAUGGUAUGAAAAUAAGAUUAUGAAGCAAGAAAAUGACAAGCUUCGCGUAGAGCAUAGUGUAACAAAGGAAGCCCUGGAAAAUUCAAUCCGUGAGAAACAUAGUAAAGAAAAGGUUGAUGAGAAUCAAACAAAGAUUGAGCAUGAUCAAUUGGAAGAUGAAGUUAAGAGGCUUGCCUACAAAUUAAGCUUAUUUAAUAAAGUUGUAGCGCAUGAUAAUAUUGUGUUAUUGAAUCUUGGCUUGGAUGCCUUCAAUGAGCUUUUUAGGCUAUACGAAAAUGGUAACCCUCUUUGGAUUAGAAAAUUGGAUGGAAGUGGAGAAAUGCUAAAUAUUGAGGAAUAUGAUCGAUUGUUUAUCCCAUUAAUCGAUACAAAACCUGAAUAUUUCACAAUGGAAGGCACAAGGGCAUCAUGUAUAGUGGCUGACACCAGUUUGGCAUUGGUGAAUAUGCUGAUGGAUAAGAAUCAGUGGGUAGAUAUGUUUCCAUGCAUUGUUGGAAAAACAUAUGCUACUGAUGUGAUUUCCACUGGCAUGGCUGGAAAUAAGAACACUUCUCUGCUAUUGAUUAAAACUGAAUUUCAAAUCAUUUCUGACCUAGUUUCUGUUCGCGAAGUAGAAUUUCUUCGCUUCUCUAAGAAACAUGCUGAAGGUGUCUGGGCUAUUGUUGAUGUAUCAAUCGAUGAAAGUAAAAGUUGCCGCAGGCUCCCAUCUGGCUGUAUUUUACGAGAUAUGCCAGAUGGUUUUUGUCAGGUUACUUGGAUCGAGCACACGGAAUAUAAUGAAAAUCUUGUCCACGAAUGGUAUCGCCCUUUGAUAAAGGCUGGUAUGGCAUUUGGUGCUCAACGGUGGAUCGCUUCUUUGCAAAGACAACAUCACUUCUUGAAAAUGAUGAAGUCAGCUGUUGAUCCCACAGUUGAGUUAAGUGGUGAGAGAGGUAUAAGAAAAAUGGCUCAACGAAUGACUGAUAUGUUUUGUACGGGGGUUUGUGGAACCAAGCAUAACUGGGAAAUAAUUCAACCAGCAACUAACGAAAAUCCAAAGUUAAUGAUGAGGACUAAUGUAAGUGACCCAAGUGAAUACGUUGGUGUGAUAUUAAGUGCUACAAAGACCAUCUGGUUACCGACGCAACAACAAACGUUGUUCAAAUUCUUCAAUAAUGAACAAACAAGGAGCCAGUGGGAUGUAUUGUACAACAAUUCUACCAUGGAACGAAUGAUCCAAUUUCCUAAGGGUCAAAAUAUCGACAGCAACAUUUCUAUUUAUUUUGCUCAUGGGGAUGAAUCUUGUGCUAGUCGAGUGAUUUUGCAAGAUACGUCCACGGAUGAAAGUGGAUCAAUUUUGGUUUAUGCUACAAUUGGUUCUCAAGAAAUGGAUAAAGUGAUUGAUGGGGGAGACUCUUCUUGGGUGGCUCUCUUCUCAAAUGGAAUAGCAAUAGCGCCCGAUUGUAAUCGCAAUCUUUUUGCAGCUAAUGAUACUUCUGAGGAGAUGGAUAAUGGGUUCGAAGAUGGAUCAAUGGUGACUAUCAAUUUUCAAAUGAUGGGGAACAUGCUUCCAGAUACAACUCUUUCUAUGGAGUUGGUCAAACAAGCAAAUGGACUCAUCUCACACACUGUUCACAAGAUCAAGAGUGCUCUUAAAUGCUGGUGAUACCAUCACUGGAUUUGUUAUCUGUUUUAACUCUCUUAUGUAUUUCUUGUUUUGGAUCAUAAUAAUAUUAGUAGAUUGAACUAUUUUGAGUUUAUCUAAGACGAUUCAUAUUGAUAUUUGA